GAGUCAUAGGAGUGAGCCACACGGGGUUGGGGGCGGCGUGGGAAGAAGAUGGCGGGGAAGAAGAAUGUUCUCUCGUCUCUGGCAGUUUACGCGGAAGACUCUGAACCCGAGUCUGAUGGCGAAGCGGGAGUCGAAGCGGUGGGCAGCGCGGCCGAGGAGAAAGGUGGAUUGGUGUCGGACGCCUACGGGGAGGACGACUUUUCUCGCCUAGGAGGAGAUGAAGAUGGCUACGAAGAAGAGGAGGAUGAGAACAGCAAGCCGUCGGAAGAUGACGAGUCAGAGACUGAGAAACCUGAGGCUGAUGACCCGAAGGAUAACGCGGAAGUAGAAAAGCGAGACCCCCAGGAACUAGUUGCUUCCUUUUCUGAAAGGGUACGGAACAUGUCACCUGAUGAGAUCAAGAUCCCGCCCGAACCCCCUGGCCGAUGCUCAAACCACUUACAGGACAAGAUCCAGAAGCUUUAUGAGCGAAAGAUAAAGGAGGGAAUGGAUAUGAACUACAUUAUCCAGAGGAAGAAAGAAUUCCGGAAUCCCAGCAUCUACGAGAAGCUAAUUCAGUUCUGCGCCAUCGAUGAACUCGGCACCAACUACCCGAAGGAUAUGUUCGACCCCCAUGGCUGGUCUGAGGACUCCUACUAUGAAGCAUUAGCCAAGGCCCAGAAGAUCGAGAUGGACAAAUUGGAAAAGGCCAAGAAGGAGAGAACCAAAAUUGAGUUUGUGACGGGUACCAAAAAAGGCACCACGACCAACGCCACAGCCACCACCACCACCACCACCAGCACAGCUGUUGCAGAUGCCCAGAAGAGAAAGAGCAAAUGGGACUCCGCUAUCCCGGUGACCACGAUAGCUCAGCCCACGAUCCUCACCACCACAGCCACCCUGCCAGCUGUUGUCACAGUUACCACCAGUGCCAGCGGCUCCAAGACCACUGUCAUCUCUGCUGUGGGCACCAUUGUGAAGAAGGCGAAGCAGUGACCAGGGCUGCCCAGGCCUGGGACUGGAGAGGAUCACACCCCUGCCCCUGGAAGGCACAGCAUGUAUAUUUCAGGACUGAAGCUGCUCAAGGAGCUGGCGCAAGGCCUCAGCCAUCGGAGAACAUAGCAACCCAGGAGGGGCCCUGUGGCCAGUGUGUGUCCACAUAGCCCUAUUAAAAUACUGUAUUCACA